UCCAUGAUACACAAAUCAGACCACAGAUUCCCGUGACACUUUAAUCUGCACAAAAAAUAAAACUUGUGCAAUUUACUACAUUACCUCUCUCUCUCUCUCUCUCUCUCUCUCUCUCUCUCUCUCUCUCUCUUUUUCUUUCCUGUAGUAGUUCUGUUUUCCCAGCAAUAGUAAGUAAUAAUCUGCCAAACAAAACCUCUGCUACACUCUAGCACUCUACCCUCCCAUUUCCAUCUAUAUUCAACUAGCAAUAAUUGUUACAUGUGUGGUUACAUUACAUAAAUAACACACAACACUUUGUGAAAAUGCCAAGUUCUUCAUCUUCAUUUUUGAGACAGUUAAGUUCUAAAGAAACUUGGAAAUCAACAUCAAAUAGGUGGAGUAGUAGUAGUAAAAACACAUACAACAACAAUAGUUUAGGAUUGUCUUGUGAGACAAAUCUUAAUCAAAUGGAAGGUUUUAACAUUAACAUGUAUGGAAAUGAAGAGAGUAGUGGAAUUAUAGUAAGGAAAAGAGUUAUGGUUAUUGUUGAUGGAACUUCUCAUUCUAAACAUGCAAUGAUUUGGGCUCUUACUCAUGUUGUUAAUAAGGGUGACUUGUUAACUUUGCUUAACAUUGUUUCUCCACAAUCUGCUUCUGAAUCUUAUUCUCCUACUUAUCUUGUUAAUCAUCUUGGUUCCAUUUGCAAGGAUUGCAAGCCAGAGGUGGAAGUUGAAGCACUUGUAAUUCAAGGACCAAAACUUGCCACAGUGAUGAGCCAAGUUAAGAAAUUGGAGGCCUCUAUCUUGGUACUAGGCCAAAAGAAGCCAUCUUCUUUCUUUAGCUGUCUUUGUGGAAGCAGUAGCAGCUGCAGCAGCACAGAAGAGUUUGUGGAGUACUGUAUCAAUAAUGCAGAGUGCUUGACUAUAGGAGUAAGGAAGAGAAGCAAGGGCAAUAAUGGCUACCUUAUCAGCACCAGGUGGCAGAAGAACUUCUGGCUUUUGGCUUAGAUUAUAGUUAAUCUGCUAGCUAGCACUAGUGCUUACUAGUUUAGAUCUCAUAAAAGGGGUUAACUGAGGAAAUAAAUUAACUUCUAUAUUUGGAUUCUCAUCUAGUAUCUAGUAUAAUCUACCUCACCAUGUAACUAAUUAAUUCUAACUAUAUAUCCUACUUUUACUAAUGUAAUAAGUCUUGUGAUUUUUAGGCACUAUGGUAAUUGUCACCCCAACUACAUGUUUGAAAAUCAUAAACUUGGCCA